AUGGUCCAAGAAUCCUCGUAUGCCUCGGAGUCCUUGAUGUCAGAGGUGUCGCGGGCGUCGAGUGCCGAAACCCAGGUCAAGAGUGAUGAUGAUGAGCCAAGGAUGCAGAGGAAGCCUAGAAUGAACAAGAGCCUACUCUCACUGCUCAAUGAUGCAUGUAAAUACUCAGCCUAUAACGAGUUUUCAAUGCCUAGCGGGUUCUUGAGAAAGAAAAGCAGGUCUUCUGCUUCCCAAGAUCAAAUACUAGAAAAUGGACAAAGUGCGGCAGAUGUCAACAGCGAGACAAUCAAGAGGAAAGACCAAGCUAGUCCACCAUCGGAGAAACAAGAUGCUCCAAAAUUGAAUGGUAAAUUGUCUAUUGAGGGCCCUCGCUCCCGCAGAGAUCGAAGAAUUUCCAAGAAACCAACACGAUUUGACGAAGAUGCGCAGGAAUCAAGUUCUAAGUCGACUUCACCUACUGCCACACUGGUGCCAAACCUGCCCAAAGGCGCUAUUCGCAAGAGUAGAAGUCCAAGUGUGCAACGGCCGAAAAACAUUGCAAGAAAAACGAACAUCUCCAGACCUGUUGGCCGUCCAAAGAAAGCGAUACAAAAUAGCGAUUCCUUUGUGGGCAACUGGUCAUCCCAUUACAUUGCAUUGCCAGAUAUUUUCGAUCUACAAGAGUGUCUGGAGACGUCUGCAUUUACAGAGGAACUUGCGCAUUCAUCGCAGCUAACGCGGCAAAGAGGUGGCCGAGAAAGAACUAUAAAGCUGCGUUAUAUUUUAUACCCCGACUUCGAGGAGGAGUUUGUUAUUGAUUUUCAGUCAGAUCUCUCAAGGUAUAAUCCGAUGAGCGAGAUAGGGCGUAUCAUAGAAUUCACUGAGCUCGUUUACAUGCCGCCAAACUAUCGCUCUGACAUGAAAAAGCGAAUAAUAGUGCCUCUAAAUGCGGCCUUUGAUCGGGAACUCGACAACGAUUUCAUCGGUGUAAUUGGGAAGUACAACGACUUUAUCAAGAAUAUCCCACAUCAAGAAAUCAUACAGCAUCUAAAGUCGCUUGAUAAGAUUCCCACUGCAUUGUUGCAUAGCAUUCUACACAUGAUAUAUGUGCGAACAAUUCACCCAAACGCUGGUUCACUCAAAAAGUAUCAGGCCUUCAGUAAUUAUGUUUAUGGAGAGCUUUUGCCUCAGUUUCUGACAAACGUUUACAAACAAUGCAAUCUCCAGCCGGAGCACAUAUUCAUGGAUCUUGGUUCUGGCGUUGGAAACUGCGUUUUUCAAGCAGCGGCUGAAUUCCGAUGCAAAUUAAGUUUUGGCUGUGAGUUAAUGCCACAUGCCAGCAUUCUAACAGAGGCUCAGAAAAAGGAGUUCAAAAAUAGGUGCAAGCUUUAUGGGCUUAAGGUCGGACCGACCCAAUUUUCCCUAAGACAAAGCUUUAUCGAUAAUCCCGCUGUACAAGAACUAUUGCCUCAGUGCGACGUCCUGCUGAUCAAUAAUUUUAUAUUCGACGCUCAAUUGAACGAGAUGGUACGAAAAUUGAUCCAGCCUUUAAAAGUCGGUUGUAAAAUAAUCACUUUGAAGAAUCUGAGGCCGUUGGGUUACACUAUUGACUACGACCAUACAGACAACAUAUUAAACAGGUUGAAGGUGGAGAGAUUCGAUUUAAAGGAAGAUAGCGUUUCAUGGACUCAUCGCGGUGGAGAAUACUACAUUUCAACUGUGCAGGAAGACAUCGACGAAUCCAUUUUUCUCAUGCAUUCGAAGGGUCGCACAAGAACCAAGCCGCCCGUCAAGUACACACGGUGA